UACGACACAGCGGCCUUGACAGCGACUGUAGUCAGCUGUUGGCACUGUGUUAUUGGGUGGAAGGUAUAAUUGUGAAUGUGAGUUAGAUUAAUUAACAUCGUAACCAAAAUGGCACGUGUAUUAGUUGGCGUGAAGAGGGUAAUUGAUUACGCAGUUAAGAUUCGAGUGAAGCCUGAUAAGACAGCAGUGGUGACAGAUGGGGUUAAACAUUCUAUGAAUCCAUUUGAUGAGAUUGCUAUAGAAGAAGCUGUGAGACUGAAAGAAAAGAAGAUUGCUCAAGAGAUUGUAGCAGUAUCUUGUGGGCCAGCACAGUCACAGGAAACCCUUCGAACUGCUCUGGCUAUGGGGGUAGAUCGAGGAAUUCACGUAGAAAUUUCUGGCCCCGAGUAUGACACUCUACAACCAAUACAUGUGUCUAAGAUAUUGGCAAAACUGGCACAGGAAGAGAAGACAGACCUUAUCAUUGUUGGCAAACAAGCAAUUGAUGAUGAUUCCAAUCAGACAGCUCAGAUGACUGCUGCACUGCUGGGUUGGCCCCAAGGAACCUUUGCUUCAAAGAUAGAGAAACAGAAUGACGAGCUACAAGUUACAAGGGAGAUUGAUGGGGGUUUGGAGACUAUAAAAAUUAAGUUACCAGCAGUUAUCAGUGCAGACUUGAGACUCAAUGAACCUAGAUAUGCUACGCUUCCAAACAUUAUGAAAGCCAAGAAGAAACCGAUAAAGAAAGUAAGUCCGAAAGACUUGGGUGUAGAUACAGCUGCUCGUAUUGAAGUGCUGAGUGUCGAGGAUCCCCCAACUCGACAGGCCGGCGUCAUAUUGCCUGACGUUGAUCAGCUGAUAAUCAAACUGAAGGAAGGAGGACAUGUGCCAUAAACAUAAUUGAGGCUGAAGGCUUUGGAUACAAAUAUAGAAUUUGUUAGUAGAAGAGGCACUACUUCAAAAUCACUAAUCCAUUACGGUAAGAAAUCUUGUACAGUAAGAUUUUAUAAACAUUUUUAUAUAUUCUUUGUACCAGUGUCUUUGCAUCAUCAAUGUAAUUGCCACAAAUGUAAUUUGUUACCUAUAUUGUAUAUCGUUGUUGAAUAUAAUUGUAUGCAUUGAA